UUGUAUUUUGAGGAAAUACACGGUACAUUUGUGUGUUGACGUCGCUACUUUUGCUACAGGUGUGGCAUUACCACAUAUGGUGUCUACAUUUAAGGGGUAACAUUAUCGUACAUUUCUAGGGUAACUAGUCAUUCAGAGGGUGACAUUUUGGCGCAAAUACAAUAAUUAUCGUACGUCUGGCAACGCUGCUACGGGAACUAGCGAGGGACUGUUACAGAACCAGGAAGCUUUUACUAAACCCCACGCGCAUUGUUAACUGUCAAAAAACAAUGAUUUAAUAUUUAUUGUAUAUAUUUAUAAUCAGUUAAAACGAUAUAAUCUUCGUGCGGGUAUUUUUAAAGUUGUGCUCUUGAAACAUAAAAUUGUUUAUGGAUCAGCAAGGUCACAGCGAGCUGAGGUAGAUAACAGAUUAUUAUUCAUUCUACACAAAACUAAAGACAAAUAAUGGCGGGACUCAUCAACUUUGAGGACGAGGAAGAAGUGAAGCAGUUCCUGGAUAAUUUAGGAGUGGAGUACAGCUUCCAGUGCUACAAGGACAACGACCCUGAAGGAUGCCAGAGGCUAGCAGACUACUUGGAAGGAGUGAAGAAGAACUUUGAGUCUGCUGCACAAGUACUGAAACAAAACUGUGACAAGAAUGCUCACGCAGAGAGCUGCUACAAGCUGGGGGCUUAUCAUGUGACAGGCAAAGGUGGCGUGACGAAGUGUCUACAAACAGCGUACUCCUGCUUCCUGCGCUCCUGCAACGGCGGAGGAAAGAAGUCCGUAGACGGCUGUCACAACGUGGGCCUGCUCGCACACGACGGUCGCGCUACGGAGGGAGGACCCGACCUCGGCGUGGCUCGCCAGUACUACGAGAAGGCGUGCGCCGCCGGCUUCGCUCCCUCCUGCUUCAACCUGAGCGCCAUGUACAUCGAUGGCAAUUCCAAAGGGGUGGCGCCGGAUAUGACGCUGGCGCUGAAGUACGCCGACCGCGCCUGUGAGCUGGGACACGUGUGGGGCUGCGCCAACGCCAGCCGCAUGUACAAACUCGGGGACGGCACGGAGAAGGACGAGAAGAAAGCGGAGGCGUUGAAGAAUCGGGCGAGGGAGCUGCACGGCUUGCAGAAGGAGAGGCAGCUCAAAUUUGGGGAGUGACAUUGUGACCUUUGAAAUGUUCAAAUUCAGUCUCCUUGUUUAUCUUACUUUACAAAGCUCAAACAGCUUGAGCUCCCUUAAAAUAGUUCAAAUAAAAUAAAGUUGUGCAGUAGUUUGACCAUCAGGGGGCGCUAAAACACAAAGGAAGUGUUGAUAUUCUUUUUCUGGCUAAUUGGCUAUAC